AAUGAAUUUGAGAAAGAUUUUGAAGGAAAUGACCCCGCUAAGGACUACGGGCAGAUACUGUCAACACCAUCCCUGGGUUCUUUGCUUGCUGGUGCUUCUACUUAUAUUGUACAAAUACUUCUUCGGCUGGUUCACUCUCCUUGUCACCACAUCACCAAUCUUCCUAAUUGCCGGUGUCUUUCUCGGAAUCAUCCUUGCUUAUGGUGAACCGAACAAUCCUGAAAAGGAUCAUAUCUACAAAAAAAUUGACAAAGCUCGGUGUCCGAAUAUACCUCUUCCGAAAAUUCCAUCAGAAGAGAAAGUGGCCCAGCAUAAAAACAGAGAUAAGAAAAUUAGGAAGAGAUCUCAUGUUGUAGCUUCUUCUUCUGAAGCAGGAUCUAGUGAAUCAGGUGGCUCAGAUACUGAUAAGAUUCCAAUGCUGCAUGCAUUUCAUCAUCUUAGGUCGGGCAGCAACUCAUCACAGUCCUCUCAAGAUGGCGACUCCAAUGACAGCAGCAUUGAAGAUGAAAUGGAGAAUCAUCAGGGCAAUGGUGGGAAGGUACGUGAGGGAAAAGGACAUGUUAAAGUUGUGGCAUGGACUGCUGAUGACCAGAAGAACAUUCUGAAAAUUGGAUGCUUGGAGAUUGAGCGUAACCAAAGGUUGGAGACCUUAAUUGCUAGGCGUCGAGCGAGAAAACACUCAGACAAGAACUUGAUAGACUUUGGUAGCAGUGAUUCCUUACCUACUGUUGACGAGCUAUCAAAGUUCAAUGUCCAGAUUCCUGCCGUAUUUGCUCCUAGGAAAAAUCCAUUUGAUGCUCCUUACAAUGAAGAUAACUUCCCAGAUUCUGCUCCAUCUGCGCUGUUGGAAAUAGGAAACCCGUUCGAUUUACCAAACGAGCAAGAAAAUGAGAGCAGUUCUUCUGGAGGAGCCAAAUCAAGCCAUGCGGAACCUAAUCCAGUAGCAUCCCAUUUACAAAGGAGAGCACUGUUAAGGAGGCAUGAGAGCUUCACCGAAGGAGCACCAUUCCUUAGUGACUUCUGGCAAGAUGCACGGCCUUCCCGGUUCAAACCAUACUUCGUUACAGAAACAAUGGCCAAUGAAGAAAUUACCAAUCUAGUUCUUGAAGGAGAAACUAGUGAAAAGAGCAACUCAAAGGCCAGUUCUGUUCAAGACUCGGAUAGUACUUCUUCAGUUGCCGAUCAAGAAAGCCAGAAGGAUGUUUUGGAAGAUUUCUCAAACCAAGGACAACAAUCUUCAUUUAGUCAAGCAGUGGAACAUGAACAUAUAGCUCGGCAUGUGAGGGAGGUUUCUCUUGCCCUUGACAUAGAUCCACCUGUACUAAUUAGCGAUUCCUCUGACGAUGACAUAUCUCUGUCUGGUGAACAUACAAAUGACUGGGUAGAAGCACCACAGAAUGAUUUCAGCUUUUCACUGAAUACAAUAUUAGAUGAUCCUCAUGUUAUGCAACACCAUCAAGAAAUAGAUAUAGCAAGCAAUGGUUUGCAUCAGAUGUCCCCACACUCAAAUGAUCUUGAGUUGACGUCGUCAUCAUCCGAAACCACUAAUGAUCCUUUUGAAGUGAAUGACAUUGAACUAUCAGCCAAGGAAGCAGUAAUAAUUGAUGACACCCACAUUCCUGAUCCUGUUUAUGAUUCAAGUCCUUCAGGAAGCGAGAAGCCUGCACCCAUUGGUUUAGUAAUUGACGAAGUUGUUCUGCAAGAUGGUCAUACUCGUACUCUUGAUGCUGAAGCAAGCAUCGAAGAAGAGGGUUCACCAACAAGAAUGGAGGCUUCUUCUAGUGAGGUAGCUGCACCUAGUUUGAGUUCUUUGGAGCGAAGCGAACUCAGAGAGAAAGAAACCUAUGACAUGAGGUUCAGCUAA